GCGGCGCACCGUACGCGUGGGUUUAUUUUGUGUCGUCUUUAACACGGUGCACAAGAACGCUGUCUUCCGUUUCCUUCGCAACUGUCGCACAGCUGAUCGACACCGGUGAUCGAGAUCUGUGCAAAUUCGGGAGUCGUUGCGAAAAAGUAACCAUCGAAAGGUGUCCAGUCAUUCGACGAGGAAUCAGAAGGAAACCGGGAGGAAGAAAAGUUGGAGGAUUAAUUCGAGCAGAAGAGGGGAAGAAAUAAAAGAGAAUAAAGCGACGACUAGUGGAACGUGUUCCUUGAACGCGCCGGAAGUCCAAACGUGCCCGAGAUUCUUCGACUGCCCUUGAAUCCUUCGACUGUCCUAGGAUUACAGAGACAUGAUACAUCGAGGAACCGUACGAUCGGCAGGUUGCAGCGAACCGAAAAUGUGGCUUACUUUCACCGCGAACUUUCAACUGUCCUACCGAUCGCCGAUUUGAACAGUCGGCGGAUGGACGUGGUAGCAGCCGGGAAGUCCGAACAGGGAGGAAAGCAAGAACCGGGAAUCCGUCGACGUCGGGGUCGAGGGAACGGCAAGUUGACAGAAAUCGGGAGCAGGUUUGCGCGCAGGAAACGGGAACGGAAGAAGAGCGGAGACGCGUCGCGACGCCAAAGGGCAGAGGGAGGGGGUUUGCUAACUCACGAACUCGACUAACCACGAGGAAAAAAGUGUGCACCGUGUGGCAUUGAAUAAACCGCGGAUCUCGUAGAAAGGUUCCCUUCGGACGCGUCCUCUUUGUGUUCGCCGAUUCUAUCACUGCCAUCGGUACUGUGAUAUUCCUUCGUUUUCUUCUUCGAUUAAUCAUCAUCGUGUUCGCUCGCGAAAGGGAGACCCGGAUGUCUCGCGAAGCCAAAGCAUGCUUCCAGCCUCUGUAAUCGCGUGUGGUGCGCUGUAACGAGGUGGUUCGGUUCUUCGUUAGAUUUCGUGUACUGGCACAAUCGUGGUGCUGCGUCGUGUGAUAAAAACAGUGAGAAUAUCGGUGUUAGUUUGGCUGGUAGGAAGAAGCUCGUGCUCGCAAGAUGAUACUGCUUCGGACCACGUUGAUGGUGCUAUGCUCUGUGUUGGCCACGGGGGCACCGAGGUUCUCCGUCAUAUACGCGGACGACAAAGUGCAAAAUUACCUCAUGAAAUUUGGGUACUUACCCCAGUCGGACCUGGAGACCGGAAAUCUUAGGACGGACGAUCAGCUGAGGGACGCCAUUAGAACUUUACAGAGAUUUGGUGGCAUUCCUGUGACCGGCGAAAUCGACGAAGCGACGACAAAGUUAAUGAAACUUCCGCGAUGCGGACUUCCGGAUAAACCGGAUCCCAGGUACACAAGGGUGAGGCACAAACGUUACACGAUCCACGGACAACAGUGGCCGCAUCGAAAUCUCACCUGGAGCUUGAGAACCGAAAAGCCAAGCGGCCUGGACACGGGAGGCGUUCGUUUAGAGCUGAGCAGAGCCCUCGAUCUUUGGGCGAGGAACUCGAAGCUCACCUUUCAGGAAGUUAACAGCGACAGAGCGGACAUUUUGGUCUACUUUCAUCGUCGUUAUCACGGUGACGGAUAUCCUUUCGAUGGCAGAGGCCAGAUUCUGGCACAUGCAUUCUUUCCGGGCAAGGACCGGGGCGGGGACGCCCAUUUCGACGAAGAAGAAAUAUGGUUGUUGCAGGACGACAACAACGAAGAUGGGACCAGUCUUUUCGCGGUGGCCGCUCACGAAUUUGGCCACUCUCUCGGCUUGGCACACAGCUCGGUUCCUGGAGCGCUCAUGUACCCAUGGUACCAGGGAUUGAACUCUAAUUACGAGCUACCGGAGGACGACAGACACGGGAUUCAACAGAUGUACGGUGCACCGGAGGAGAAGCUUUGGGCAAAUCUACCAGCACUUCCGGAACGACCUACAACUCCUCGAACAACAACGACAAGCGUUGGUACAACCUACAGACCAUGGAGAACACGACCCACCAGACCGAAUCACUAUCCAAACGAGGAACAACCUCGACGCCCUAAUCAUUACCCACAAAAGCCAGAUUACAGGACGGAGAGACCAGAGGAACGACCUUCGAGGCCUCACAAGCCCCACAGACACCAUACGACCACCACAACAACAACCACCAUGAGGCCGAGGCAUCGAUGGACACAGCCACCUAGAAACGACGUGCCCGAUAAAUGCGACACCUCUUACGAUGCCAUCAGCAUUAUUCGCACAGAGAUAUUUGUGUUUAAAGGCCGGUAUCUGUGGAGGAUCGGUGAGCAUGGACUAUACGAGGGAUAUCCGGCGGAGAUCACGCGGCUGUUCAAUUUAUCUGAAAACAUCGACCACGUGGACGCGGUUUACGAAAGGCCGGACAAAAAGAUAGUCUUCUUUAUCGGCAAGAAAUACUACGUUUUCAAUGCCACUAAUUUGGAACUGGGUUAUCCAAAACCGUUAACCACGCUAGGAUUGCCGGAGUCAUUGGAGAAGGUGGAUGGGGCGAUGAUCUGGGGACACAAUGGGAAAACUUAUUUCUUCAGUGGUUCCAUGUACUGGAGGUUUGACGAAUCUGUGAACUACGUGGAACUGGAUUAUCCAAGAGACAUAAGCAUGUUCGCUGGUGUUGGAAACGAUAUCGACGCUGUUUUUCAAUGGACAGAUGGUAAAACGUACUUCUUCAAAGGGAAAGGUUUCUGGAAAUUCGACGAUAGGAGGAUGAAAGUUGCCCACGAAAGGCAGAAAUUAUCGGCGCCCGUUUGGAUGGGCUGUCCUCGGGAAUUGGAGACCAACGACGUUGAAACUUAUCCAAGGAAAUCGAAGAUAAUGAUCGCGAACAAAGCGUCGGCGCCGCAAACCUUCUUCCUCGGACUAUUUUUUAUAGCAUAUUUGAACAAAUAUUUGUAAACUGUGAUAUUUAUGUAAAAGCCGCGUGUAAACGUGACCAACUUACGUACGCGGUCCCGGUCUAAAUUUUAACGCACUUCCCUUAUACCGAUUAUACAAAAUUAAAGUAAUUUUAAUAAAGUAAUUUUUAAAUAAUUUUAAUAAAAAUUUUUAAUAAACGA